CCACGCCUGUACUUCCAGUAUGGCGGCGGCUCGGACUUGCGGAGGAAGACAACUUCUUCUAGAUAUUUUCCAGAGAACCGCUGGAGACCAGCAGCUUUAACCCUGACCCAUCCCGGAAGACUCGGCUGGGACCUGUUCAGUCAACAACAGCCCGCUGGUUUCCCUGAAACCCAACCCCAGUGUGAUGCAUGAGGAGCCGCAUUGAAGAAGAAACUCCCCAGAUUUUUCCGCUCUCGCUGUCAGGUAGCAGCGACUAGAAGCUAGCUAGCUAGCUAACCGUGGUUCGGGGCUCGGUUUGUAGCCAAUGACGCCUUGUCUCGUUGGCCUUCCUUGCUGCUGCAAACAGGUAUGGCACAUCGCCUCCACGCGGUAAGACAACUUGCUGAGAAGGGCCGGGAGAAAACAUCGGAGGAGCUGAAGGAUAACUUUGUUAGUUCUCAUUAGCCUAGCCUAGCGUAGCCUAGCCGGUUGGCCGAUAGUUUGGAGAUUGACAUUCCAGUUGAACAGGCCGACCUGCUGCCCCUGUCUGCGGAGAGUUUCAAGUGGCCGAUAUCCUGCGAAUGGACACCGAGCUGCUUUAAUUGACCCACGGGGGGUCCUGGCUGUCUGGCUUUACUGGGUGUCUUUAGCGCUUUCUGGAGGGAGUGGAGAACCGACGUUAGGUGCUAAUCUAAGGCUCCCUAAGUGAGGAUAACAAGGUGACCCAGGUUCUGAUGAGCCGCUCACACCGACAGGCUGCAGGUGAGACUUCAGGGUUAUCCCUGGGGAGGGGGGGUUCCGUUGGCCUGCUCCAGGUGAGCUCAUCACGGGUCAAAAAGGCGCAGUAGUCAAUGACAGCAGGAAACAAGCGGGUUGGGUGAUUUCUUUGGGCCGGUUCUGGCAUCAGCCGGGUUCUAGCAGCCAACCCCGGAGCUUGAACAGUUUGAUGGACGUGAGGGGCUGUUUGCCAGGUUGUCAACGCUGUAAGCGGUCAAGUUUGUCUUGACACAUGGCCCCUUGGUCUGCUGUCAGCUUAAAGCGUCGCUAUGUAGCUUUAGUGGGAGUCUUUAAAAGGAAUGUCUUGUGUUUUUCUACCUGUUAACUUUGUUUUUUUAUGCUUCUCCAACACAUGACCGCAUAGCUGAGUCAAAGUCUUCAGAUCGGACAGUGGACAAUGCUUAUCAGUUAGUGCCUAAAAGAUUAGAGAACUUGUUGAUCUGCCCUGCAUACAGGCUGCAGAUAUUUGAGAUUUUUUAUCUAGGGAAUGCACCAGAACCCUGCCAAUCUGGAUCAAGACAACCUCUCCAUUGUGUCCGGUUGGAGUAACACUCUCAAGCCAAAAUCAAUGCCGUCAGCACUGGCUGUGUUCACCUGCCGACCCAACUCGCACCCAUUCCAGGAGCGCCAUGUGUACCUGGAAGAGCCCGUCAAGAUCGGGAGGUCUGUGGCUCGGUGCCGACCGGCACAGAACAAUGCCACCUUUGACUGCAAGGUGCUGUCCAGGAACCAUGCUCUGGUUUGGUUCGACCACAAGGCCGGGAAGUUCUACCUUCAGGACACUAAAAGCAGCAACGGGACGUUCAUCAACAGCCAGAGGCUGAGCCGCGGCUCAGAAGAGAGUCCGCCCUGUGAGGUUCUGUCCGGCGACAUCAUUCAGUUCGGGGUGGAUGUGACUGAGAACACACGGAAAGUCACCCAUGGCUGCAUCGUGUCAACAAUCAAACUCUUUCUACCUGAUGGGAUGGAGGCCCGCAGACGAAGCGAUGUCAUCCAGGCUCCAUUACCGCUUCCUGUAGACAAGGUCGCAGCCAACACUCCCAGUAUGUACUCACAGGAACUCUUCCAGCUCUCCCAGUAUCUACAGGAGGCCUUACACAGAGAGCAGAUGUUGGAGCAGAAGUUGGCCACCCUACAGCGGCUCCUCAGCACUACUCAAGAGGCCUCAGAGAGCAGCUGGCAGGCUCUGAUAGACGAGGACCGCCUGCUCUCCAGGCUGGAAGUGAUGGGCAGUCAGUUACAGGCCUACUCCAAGUCGCAGACGGAGGAGGGGAUCAGGAAGGAGCUUCUGGCUCUUCAGGAGGACAAACACAACUAUGAGACCACGGCAAAGGAGUCCCUGAGAAGAGUCCUCCAGGAGAAGAUCGAGGUGGUCAGGAAGCUCUCAGAGGUGGAGCGGUCCCUCAGUAACACAGAGGACGAGUGCACCCACCUGAAGGAGAUGUCAGAGAGGGGUCAGGAGGAGCUGAGGGAGCUGGCCAACAAGUACAACGCCGCCGUGAACGAGAUCAAGGAGCUCACCGACAAGAUUAAGGCGGCAGAGGGAAGGCAAGAGGAGCUGACUCUGCAGGGAGCCACGGAGAAGAGGGAGCUGGAGAUGCGAAUCGAAGAGAUGGAGGAGAAGGAGCAGGUUCUCCAGGCUCGCAUUGAAGCACUGCAGGCUGACAACGAUUUCACAAACGAGAGGCUCACCGCCCUCCAGGUGCGCUUAGAGCAACUACAGGAGAAAAGCAUUAAGGACAGCAACAGCCUGGAUGAGGACAUUGUCUCCCACGGACGGGCAGAGGAGCCUGUGGAAGACCAGCAGAGCCUGCAGACCUGUGAGGAGCUCGGCGGAGGCGAGGCAGAUUCAGACACUGAUGAUGGUGGAGAUGAAGAGAAAGAUGACAACUGUCACCUCAACAGUGGAGGAGAGUCGACUCGAAUCCCGCAGUUGAUUGAAUGUCCGCCAGUCAAGCAGCUGAAAGAGAGCGUCUGCUCUUCAAUCCACAAACUGGCCAACUUUGACGAAGUCAUGGAUGCCCACCUGCAGAACAGCCAGACAGCAGAGGAUGAGCUGCUGGCCAGCCCCGACCACCUCAGAGGGAACCAAAUGGACGCCAAAGAGUCCGACAUGUCCGACACGCUGAGUCCCAGCAAAGAUCGCAGCAGUGACGAGGCGUCAGGUGAGCAGAACAGAACCCCAAACCCCACCCAUCCCAGCCUUGUGCAGAUCAACAAUCUUGUCCCUGAUAUCCGUAGAAAGCUUUGGUCUUGCCCAUGCACCAAGGAGCAGAGCCUGGUCCUCAGCAGCAGCCUGGAGUCUCUGAAGAAGGGGAAGGAGGUUCUACAGGACAAGCUGGGUUCUCUGGAGAACCAGCACCUUCAGGAUGCCAGCAGGUUAAAGCAGCAGCUGGAUCAGGCCCAGGCCCGAACACACACCCUGCAGAAAGAGUAUGAAGACACUCAGUCGCAGCUGAUGGACCUGCGUCAGCGCUACCAGCAGACGGAGCAGGAGAAGCUGAACAUACACCAGGAGCUGGAGCAGUGCCGGAGCAACCUGAAGCUGCUGCAGGACAAGACCAGCUCUAGCGGCUGGAGCCCCUGGAUGCCGGUCAUCGCAGCGAUGGUCGCCGUGACAGCAGCUUUCCUCUACCCCAACCUGCCUAAGAGCGGCUCCGCCUGAGGCGAGGAUGGCGGCUCCGCCUGAGGCGAGGANGGCGGCUCCGCCUGAGGCGAGGAUGGCGGCUCCGCCUGAGGCGAGGAUGGCGGCUCUCUUAUUUGUAAAAAGCCUGUUUGUACAUAUUGUAGUGGGAACGGUCGCGGUUCCUGCUGGACUUGGAUACUUCCUGGUUUAUUUUUUGGGAGUUUUGUCAUUUUUAUUCUCUGCUCUGUCUGGGUGAUGGUGGGGGGGGGGUGGCUGAGCUUCCUGGUUAUUAAAUUUAAAAAGGCUGGAGUUGAUGCAGCAGAGGGGAACCUUUCACGCAGCCUGGCUGCACUCAGGAGGAUCUUCAUCACCUUCAGUUCUUCGCUUUUCCAUGUAUUUAUAGAGAAAACUUCAGCUGACGUUAUUUCCUCACUCCAAUGAUCCGACCUCUAACACUAGCGGGCCUGAGGCGGGUGGGCUGAGGGCGCCGCCACGUAGCGGACCAGAUCCAGAAGCUGCUGGGAAGUGAAGUCCUGCUCUGCUUCCAUCUCCUCUCUUGGUUUGCAAAGAAACUCUGAAGCCAAAUGAUUAAAACUCAGAUUCCUUCAGUUAUUCGGUGGUGGGGCGGGUGAGGGGGGGUUAAGUGCCUCUUAUGUAACAAACCAAAUCCAAGGAAUCGACCACAAACAUGCGGGAGGCCGCCGGCGUUAAGAGUCGGGUCACAUCUGUCCACAGACAUCAGCUUCUCCUCGGUGAUAAACUUGAUCCUGAAGGUAAAAUGAUCAAACCAGCAAAUGUUCUGCUCCUCUACAGCAGAACCAAACAGAAAAUCCUGAUCGGCUUUUUAAAAGGACAGAAGGUCCCACAGAUCAGAGUAGAAUUCCUCAGAGUUUGUUCUUCAUCGCGGAGCAGGAACCUGAGAAGAACCGACGCCGUGAAGCUGCAGAUUACAGAAGAUCUGAAAAAGGGAACUCGGUUUGUUUUGAAGCAAUAAUCGUAUUCCUGCCAGUUUAAGCCGACCCAUGAGCCCCGGCUGCUCUAAAACCUUCAUCUCAUCUCUUUCCUCCUUUAUCUGCUUCUUCUGAUUCAUCCCAUCGCUUUGUUUUUUAUCUCCAGACCGUAAACCGUCCCAAACGGGACGUAAAAUCUGCUGAUGUUCUCAUCCUCCGACUCUUAACACUCGGCGCCUCAGAGCCUUUCAAUUAUGUUCUAAGCAGAACCUUACAUUUCUGAGCUUUUAUGGGGUGGGGGGGGGCGGCAGCAGCAUUUGUCACCGUCUGUAUUUUCUGUCUCGUCUCAGUGUCGAAAAUAAAACAUGAUUCUAAUAAUAAAAGACAGCGAACAAAUAUUCCUGAUGUUUAAAGAGGAAAAACACUAAAGGUUCAGAGAAUUGUAAAAUAAAAGGUUAAUGAAUGAUGUGCGACUAGAAUUAUUUUUGUUUGAAUUGUUUAGAGUGAAGAGAGGCAGAUCUGUUGUAGAGAAAAUGAUGUUAUUGAAUAUAUGCAGAGAAAUGUUUUGGAUUAAAGUUGUAGCAAAGCUGA